CUCCUGGGUGCUCCCGGAAGCGGAACCUGAGCUCGGCGCUGUUACUGCUGCAGGAUGAACGCGCCGCCGGCCUUCGAGUCCUUCCUGCUCUUCGAGGGGGAGAAGAAGAUCACAAUUAAUAAGGAUACAAAAGUACCAAAUGCCUGUUUGUUUACAAUCAACAAGGAAGACCACACACUUGGAAAUAUUAUCAAAUCGCAAUUACUGAAAGACCCUCAGGUGUUGUUUGCAGGAUACAAGGUCCCACAUCCUCUGGAACAUAAAAUCAUCAUUCGAGUUCAGACCACUCCUGAUUACAGUCCCCAGGAAGCUUUCACCAAUGCUAUCACGGACCUGAUCAGUGAGCUCUCCCUUCUAGAGGAGAGAUUCAGGGUUGCUAUCAAAGAUAAACAAGAAGGAAUUGAAUAGAAACAUGAACUCUCUCUUUUGACCUGGACUGUGGUGUUUGUUUUCAUGAUAGUGGAUGUGACUACUUCAUUGAACCACUUCUUUAAGGAUUAUUUAAAACUUUCAGUAAGAAUUAAUGUCUCUAAUUUCACUAAUUUUUAGUUAAUUUGCCCGCAGUAUUGAGAGUUCUGUACAGGAUAAAUUAUUUGCAGAUAGGAUGGUAAGUGUAUGAGAAGUCUUGUAUUAUUUGAGCUAUUACACACAGCUUUAAAAAAAGUGUGAGACUUCCACAACAAGUUUAGAGCCUUUGAUUACUGUUUAUAAAGAGGUAAGAUUUAACAGCUGGGUAGUCUCCAUGUUGUUUUGUCUUGUGUAGCAAGGAGCAGGUUAAAGUGACAGCUUUUUCACCAGGUAGUAUUGGGCUUUGAAAUUGUACUUCCAGAACAUGAUUAACUGCUGAGCAAUGCCCCUCCUAGAUCUAUGGCAGCAUUCCUUCCCAUCCCCAGAAGUCAUCUCUUCACUCCCAAGUUACCAGGUAUUACAUUUUAUUAAGUAUCAUUUCUAUAAAACAAAUACACAUUGUGAAAACUCACAGUAAAAGAAACUAGGCAUUGUCAAUGA